AAUGUGUCAAAACAGCCAAUCGCCUAGCCCCGUAGGUAAAGUCCUCCCUGCGCUCCUGGGGGAGGAGCCAGAAGAGUGUACGGGGUCCAAGGCGCUUGCGCGGGCGCGCGCUCCGCCGGUUAAAAGCGGAUCCUUCUAGGAGGCGGUGUCGCAGUGUAUGAAUAUUGAUUACGCAGCGCCGCGCCGAACGCCCGCCCCUCUCGGUUGCCCGACGCUUGCUGCUCGCGCUCGGGCUCGCGAUGGGGAAGAAGUCCCGGGCGGUACCCGGCCGUAGGCCCAUCCUGCAGCUCUCUCCGCCAGGUCCGCGGAGCAGCACGCCGGGCCGGGACCCGGAGCCGGAACCCGACACCGAGCCGGACUCGACGGCGGCGGCGGCGCCCAGCCAGCCAGCCCCGGCGGCGCCGACGACGACGACCGCGGUCACUGCCGCCGCAGCCCCGGACGACUCACCUUCAGAAGAUGAACAGGAGGUGGUGGUGGAGGUUCCUAGAGUUCAGAAUCCUCCCAAACCAGUCAUGACCGCCAGGCCCACUGCCGUUAAAGCAACAGGAGGUCUGUGCUUACUUGGUGCAUAUGCUGACAGUGAUGAUGAAGAGAGUGAUGUUUCAGAAAAACCAGCACAGUCUAAGGAAGCAAAUGGAAGCCAGUCAACUGAUAUUGAUAGUACAUUGGCCAACUUCCUAGCGGAGAUUGAUGCUAUAACAGCGCCUCAGCCUGGAGCUCCUGUAGGGGCUUCUGCCCCACCUCCAACUCCACCUCGGCCAGAGCCAAAGGAGUCGACAUCUGCGCUCUCUUCCACUGCCCCGAACGGGACAGACUCAACCCAGACUGCAGGGUGGCAGUAUGAUACUCAGUGUUCACUGGCAGGAGUUGGAAUUGAGAUGGGAGAUUGGCAGGAGGUCUGGGAUGAGAACACAGGAUGCUAUUAUUAUUGGAACACACAAACAAAUGAAGUGACUUGGGAAUUACCCCAGUACCUUGCCACCCAGGUGCAGGGAUUACAACAUUACCAGCCCAGUUCCGUAACAGGUGCUGAAGCUAGUUUUGUCGUAAAUACAGACAUGUAUACUAAGGAGAAAAAUAUUUCAGUUUCCAGUAGUAAAAGUGCACCAGUCAUAGCCAAGCGAGAAGUUAAAAAGGAAGUAAAUGAAGGAAUUCAAGCUCUCUCAAAUAAUGAGGAGGAGAAGAAAGGGGUGGCAGCAUCACUGCUUGCUCCUUUAUUGCCUGAGGGAAUAAAAGAGGAAGAAGAGAGAUGGAGAAGAAAAGUAAUUUGUAAAGAAGUAGAGCCAGUUUCAGAAGAGAAAGAAACAAGUACAAUAGAAGAAGCAACAAUAGUAAAGCCACAAGAAAGUCUGUUGGAUGGUGUGGAAGACCCUACUCAGGAGGAUCUUUGCAGUGUUGUUCAGUCUGGAGAAAGUGAAGAGGAAGAAGAACAAGAUACCCUGGAGCUGGAGCUGGUUUUGGAAAGGAAAAAAGCAGAGCUGCGAGCCUUGGAGGAAGGAGAUGGUAGUGUGUCAGGGUCUAGUCCGUGUUCUGAUAUCAGCCAGCCAGCAUCUCAAGAUGGAAUGCGUAGACUUAUGUCUAAAAGAGGAAAAUGGAAGAUGUUUGUUCGAGCUACCAGUCCAGAAUCUACCAGCCGGAGUUCUAGCAAAACUGGACGAGAGACUCCAGAAAAUGGAGAAAGUGCAAUUGGUGCUGAAAAUUCAGAAAAAGUAGAUGAAAAUUCGGACAAAGAGAUGGAAGUAGAAGAAUCUCCAGAAAAGAUUAAAGUACAAACAGCACCUAAAGUAGAAGAAGAACAGGACUUGAAAUUUCAGAUUGGAGAACUGGCAAAUACCCUGACAAGUAAAUUUGAAUUCUUAGGCAUUAAUAGGCAGUCCAUCUCCAACUUUCAUGUGCUGCUUUUACAGACUGAGACACGGAUUGCAGACUGGCGGGAAGGGGCUCUUAAUGGAAACUACCUUAAACGAAAACUUCAGGAUGCAGCAGAACAACUAAAACAGUAUGAAAUAAACGCCACUCCUAAAGGCUGGUCCUGCCACUGGGACAGGGAUCAUAGACGAUAUUUCUAUGUAAACGAACAGUCGGGCGAGUCUCAGUGGGAGUUCCCAGAUGGUGAGGAGGAAGAGGAAGAAAGCCAAGCACAAGAAAGUAGAGACGAGACUCUUCCUAAACAGACCUUGAAAGACAAAACUGGCACUGACUCAAAUUCUACAGACUCUUCCGAGAAUUCCACAGGUUCUCUUUGUAAAGAGUCCUUUUCUGGCCAAGUUUCUUCUUCAUCACUCAUGCCACUUACUCCAUUCUGGACCCUUCUUCAGUCAAACGUGCCUGUGCUUCAACCUCCAUUACCUUUGGAAAUGCCACCGCCUCCACCUCCACCUCCAGAAUCCCCUCCUCCCCCUCCCCCUCCUCCUCCUCCUGCAGAAGAUGGUGAGAUCCAGGAGGUCGAGAUGGAGGAUGAAGGAAGUGAGGAGCCUCCUGCUCCAGGAACAGAGGAGGAUACUCCAUUGAAACCUUCGGCACAAACCACAGUUGUAACUAGCCAGAGUUCAGCUGACUGUACCAUCUCUAGUUCUCCUUCCACUAAAGCAAUAAAGAGAAAAGCUACAGAAAUUAGUACUGCAGCAGUUCAGAGGUCAGCUACCAUUGGUAGUUCUCCGGUCCUCUACAGCCAAUCGGCUGUAGCUGCAGGUCACCAGGCAACAGGGAUUGGACAGCAGACUGCAGGAAUUGGACACCAGGCACUAUCAGCUAGCCAUCCAGCAGCAGGAAUGGGUCAUCAGGCCAGAGGAAUGAACCUGCAGUCAAAUUACUUAGGACUGGCAUCAGCUCCUGCAAUUAUGAGCUAUGCUGAGUGUUCCGUCCCAGUGGCAGUGACCGCUCCCACACUGCAGCCAGUCCAGGCCCGCGGUGCUGUGCCUGCUGCUGCCAUCAUAGAACCCCCUCCCCCACCCCCUCCCCCUCCCCCUCCUCCUCCCCCCCCACCACCACCAGCUCCCAAAAUGCCAGCACCCGAGAAGACAAAAAAAGGAAAGAAAGAUAAGGCAAAGAAGAGUAAAACCAAAAUGCCAUCUCUGGUAAAGAAAUGGCAGAGUAUCCAACGUGAGUUAGAUGAAGAGGAGAACUCUAGUUCCAGUGAAGAGGACCGAGAAUCAACUGCACAGAAGCGAAUUGAAGAGUGGAAACAGCAGCAGCUGGUCAGUGGCAUGGCAGAGAGAAAUGCUAAUUUUGAAGCCCUUCCUGAAGAUUGGCGAGCAAGACUGAAGAGAAGAAAAAUGGCUCCAAACACAUAGUUUUUGAAAUUGUUUAAAUUUUUAUUACUGUUUUUGUUUGUUUGUUUUUGUUUUGUUUUUUUAAUCAUUUCAGAGUCUUAACCAGUCUUAACUGUUGUCAAUAAACUAUAAAUGUUAUGAGGGAGAGCAUAUGAAUUUCCUGGGCAAGAGUAUACACGUACAAAAUUGCCACAUUUGUGAAAUGUAAUUUUUCUGCUUUGCUGGAAGGUGAGGUGACUGAAUGCUUUGACCUGGCUGCCUUUAUUCUCACGCUGGCACCCUCAGCUGUUAGGUACAUUAACCUCAUCAGUCUGGAACAUGCGGCUCAUGAGUAUGACACCUCUGUAGAGGACUCACUAACGAAAAGGGAAGGAUUUUCCUGCCUCAUAGAGGCUCUUGUAGUUCCUAGUGUGGCGCUCUCUCUCUCUCAUUAACUUCUUCAGAACAAGUGCAAUUAAGAAAGCAGCUCUAUAUUUUGCCUUGCUUAUCUGGGAUUAUAGGAAUCUCUUUCUGACCUCUUCCUCUAGUCUGCCACCCCUGAAGUGCUGAGAUAUAUCAAGUCGUUCACCUUGUGCUAACAGAUGGCCACACUCUUCAGAGUAUUCUUUCUCACAGAUUCUAGAACUGAUAAAGAUAGCUCAGUCAUUUCACAUACUAGGUGGCAUAUUUAAAUUACAAUAUAGGUGGCAGCAGCAGCAGGUGUUAGUGUCUUUGAUUUUGAGAACUUCCCCCUCACAUAUGUGGCAGUAAAUGUAACAAAAGCCACUGUAUGUAUUGAUGUGUCUCCAUUGUCUUACCUUGGUCCAAAGUUCACCUUCCAUUUAUGUGUGAAUGUAUUCUGCAUAAAAUUCCAGUAUUUAAAAAGCAGUUUACUGUUCUGUACUUUCUAUUGUAUCACAAUCAGGUAAAAGUCACUUUAAACUGAAGAAAAAGCAAAUUGUGUUUUAAAGCUGUUUGUAUUUCUCCAGUUUCUGACCUUGUAAAUUUGUAUAUAUGCACUAAUAAAGCUUUUUUUAUACUUCUGA